GAAAGGAGCCUGGCUCUCGUUCCUCGGGUCUCUAGGCAGGGACGCGAGGCAGGCCCCUUGCAAACGCCGCCGAGAGGCUUUGCGAGAAAGGCAGGGCUUCUACGGCGAUCUUAUUAGACCUCCUGGGGCAGCAGCUCCAGCCAGGCAUAGCCUGACCGUUCCCUGUCAGCACACCCAGGGCUCGACGGCUGGGCACCAAAGAGGGAACGCUUGCUGGCAGCUCCGGGGGCCCCAGCCAACUGGAGGGCGCCUGGGUCCAGCCGUCGCCGCCCCCUAAACUGGUGGUGGUGGCCCAACCUUUGAAGGGAACCCCAGGGCAGGAGCGGGCAGCCGGUCUUUCCGAGCCUUAGCCCGGGACUCCAGGUCCAGGAGCGCUUCCCCCCGGGCUGCGCCUCCCGGGACUGGGAUGCGCGUGCGCCCAGAAGGCAACGCUAAGUCGGUGGCUGCCGCGUGGGCGGCGGGGAAGGUGGGGCCACGCGUCGCCCCGUGCUCCUGAGCCAAGAUCUGGAUUCGGGACAGUGCCUGGGUGCUGAGUCAAACCCCAGCUGGGCUGGGUCUGCGGGCCGGGAGCGCAGGCGGCGGUAGUUAACGAUUAAUCGCUGACCACCCGGCCUCCAGCCUCUCCGCACGGGAGACCGCGCUCCCGGAGGGUGGGUUUGACCAGUAAAGGCCAGGUGGCUUGGAGGGGAGCCGGAGAGACGCGGAGCAAAGCGCCAGAGUCCUGCAGGGGAAGGGCGGGCGAGCUCGGGGCUAUGGGCUGACUGGCUGAGGCGAGUUUGGAACCUCCUUCCUCUGAGCUCACCACGCCUCGCCCAGUCACCACCCCCCCAAGCCCCACCCCUAAGCGCCUACGGCUUCGCCUAGGUUGGGCUGCCCCAGGAAGUUUCCGUAAAAGCACCUGAAAUCUCAAAUUGUCUUUUCCAGGUGAGCUCGAGAGAAAGCCCUGCGCCCACUGCGGUGAGGUGCAGCGGUGAACUUUGGGCUCCGCGGGGAGGAGGAAGGGAAGUUGAGAAGGACUUUGGACCCGGUUGCCUGGCUGGCUGUCUUCCUCAUGGGUUCCCCCAGCCACCCCAGCAGGGACUGCUCCCAGGUCAUUGAUCACAGACAUGUUCCCGAGUUCGAGGUGGCCACCUGGAUCAAAAUCACCCUCAUCCUGGUGUACCUGGUUAUCUUCGUGGUGGGCAUCCUGGGGAACAGUGUCACCAUUCGGGUCACCCAGGUGCUACAGAAGAAAGGCUACCUGCAGAAGGAGGUGACAGAUCACAUGGUAAGCCUGGCUUGCUCCGACAUCCUGGUCUUCCUCAUCGGCAUGCCCAUGGAGUUCUACAGCAUCAUCUGGAACCCCCUGACCACACCCAGCUACACCGUGUCCUGCAAGGUGCACACGUUCCUCUUUGAGGCUUGCAGCUAUGCCACGCUGCUGCACGUGCUGACCCUCAGCUUUGAGCGCUACAUCGCCAUCUGCCACCCCUUCAGGUAUAAGGCCAUGUCGGGGCCCUGCCAGGUGAAACUGCUGAUUGGCUUCGUCUGGGUCACGUCCGCCCUAGUGGCGCUGCCUUUGCUUUUUGCCAUGGGAGUGGAGUACCCCUUGGUGAACGUGCCCACUCGCCGGGGACUCACUUGCAACCGCUCCCGCACACGCCACCAGGAGCAACCGGAGAGUUCCAACAUGUCUGUCUGUACCAACCUGUCCAGCCACUGGACCGUGUUCCAGUCCAGUAUCUUCGGCGCCUUCGUGGUCUACCUCGUGGUCCUGGCCUCCGUGGCCUUCAUGUGCUGGAGCAUGAUGCAGGUGCUGAGGCGGAGUAAGCAGGGCACCCUGACUGCCCAAGGGCGGCAGCUGAGGAAGGCGGAGAGUCAGGAGAGCAGGAGCGCCCGGAGGCAGACCAUCGUCUUCCUGAGGCUGAUUGUUGUGACCUUGGCCGUCUGCUGGAUGCCCAACCAGGUUCGCAGGAUCAUGGCAGCGGCCAAACCCAAGCACGACUGGACCAAGUCCUACUUCCGGGCAUACAUGAUCCUCCUGCCCUUCUCAGACACCUUCUUCUACCUGAGCUCCGUGGUCAACCCGCUUCUGUACAACGUGUCGUCGCAGCAGUUCCGCAGCGUGUUCGGGCAGGUGCUGCGCUGCCGCCUGACGCUGCCGCACGCCAACCAGGAGAAGCAGCGGCGUGCCCACGUGGCCUCCACCGCGGACAGCGCCCGCUCCGCGCGCCGCCCGCUCAUCUUCCCGGCUUCCCGGCGCAGCGGUUCCUCUGCAAGAGCUCACAAGGUUUUCUUAAGCACUUUUCAUAGCGAGGCCAAGCCCGAGUCUAAGCCUCAGGAGCUGAGUUGUGAGUCACCAGAACCCAACUUGGAGAUGAAACCAGCCAACCCUGCCACCGGGAAUGGUUUCCAGGAGCACGAAGUGUGA